AUGGUGAGAGACCUUAUUGAUCCUGGCUCUUAUGAGUGGAAAACUGACAUUGUUAAAGGGGGUUUCUUGAAAGAGGAUGUGUCCUCGAUUCUCAAUAUUCCUCUUAGCAGGUGCGGCAUGAGCGAUCGCCUGGUUUGGCAUCACUCUAAGAACGGGGAGUAUACCGUUAAAACUGGAUACGGGGUAGCCUUGGGGCUCAUGGAAAAUGGUGAUUUGGGAAAGAAAGGGCGGGGAAUGCCAAGCUUAGUUUCAAGCCUCACUCAGGUUUGGAACAAAAUAUGGAAACUGGAGGUCCCAAAUAAAAUGAACCUGACGAGACGGAGAACCAUUUAUUUUUUCGAUGUGAAAUCAGUCAUAUCUUUUGGUUUUGCUCCCCUCUACAGCUCAAUUCUUUCGACCUGGAAGGGAACGAUUUCCUUGCUUCCUGGGGGUCCUUCUGCAGCAGAGUCAAGGGGAAAGAUAACGAAAUGGAGUUGUUGCAAGAAUUUGUUUGGGCUUUGGCGUCUCUGGAAAAACAGGAACGACUUAGUCUUCAAAGGCGUGAUCCAUCAACCCCUUGAUAUCCUUGGGCUCUGGAUGAGGAACCUGGGCGAGUUCAGGGAGGCGGGAUCUCAAAGGACGAAGGGCGCACAACCUACUGAUGGCUUGUUAUCACCAUCUUCGGCGAGAAGACCUGGACAGUGGAAGAAGUCGGGUUUUGGCACUAUCAAGGUGAAUACUGAUGCUGCUUGGCGCAAGGAGACGUUAUGUGUAGGUGUGGGAUGGGUUGCCCGUGACUUUGCUGGGCUGCUGCAGGCGGCGGGGGGGGCUCGAGAGGGCUACUAUGCCAUAGUACUGCAGCAGCUGAGGCGCUUGCAAUCCGAGCUGCUUUGGACUUCUGUGUUCGACAUGGCUUCAAUUCUGUGGCCAUCGAAUCAGAUGCUAAGGCUAUAA